AUGAUAAUCUCAGAAUCUCAGAAUCUCAGAAUCUCAGAUUCUCAGAAUCUCAGAGUCUCAAAAUCUCAGAAUCUCAGAAUCUCAGAAUCUCAGAAUCUCAGAAUCUCAGAAUCUCAGAAUCUCAGAAUCUCAGAAUCUCAGAAUCUCAGAAUCUCAGAAUUUCAGAAUCUCAGAAUCUCAGAAUCUCAGAAUCUCAGAAUCUCAGAAUCUCAGAAUCUCAAAAUCUCAGAAUCUCAGAAUUUCAGAAUUUUAGAAUCUUCAAAUCUCAGAAUCUCGGAAUCUCAGAAUCUCAGAAUCUCAAAAUCUCAGAAUCUCAAAAUCUCAGAAUCUCAGAAUUUCAGAAUUUUAGAAUCUUCAAAUCUCAGAAUUUCAGAAUCUCAGAAUCUCAGAAUCUUCAAAUCUCAGAAUUUCAGAAUCUCAGAAUCUCAGAAUCUCAGAAUCUCAGAAUCUCAGAAUCUCAGAAUCUCAAAAUCUCAGAAUCUCAGAAUCUCAGAGUUUCAGAAUCUCAGAAUCUCAGAAUCUCAGAAUUUCAGAAUUUUAGAAUCUCCGAAUCUCACUUACUAG